UAUAUGUCCUAAUUCAUGCAUAUCCUAGUUUCAGAGGGUGCAGAAGAUUACGGCAAAAUAAGUCGCAGAAGUAAGCGUAUUGUGAGUGUGCGUUUUUCUCACACUCGAAGAUGGUGGUGUGGGUUAUUGCUUGGCGUGGUGCUCGGAUGUGCUGUAGCAGCAACUAUUAUUGCACGUAUCGAUGGCUCAGACCCAACAAAUGUUUUGGGUUUGACACCGAGAGAGGUGAGGCUGGCUGAACGAGUGAGGGAAAUGGAACAACAAAAUCAGCUCCUUCGAAGACAGCUUAGCAUAUCUCAAAACCAGCUCAUUCAGGCUUGGGGUGCUGAAGGAGAGGACAAUGUAGACAAAGGAGAAAAUACGGGAACUGGGGAGCAAGGUUCCUCCAAAUGCAAAGAGAAGGAGCUGGGUGUGCCAAAAUGUGAAGUUCUUCACAUAGCCAUUGUUUGUGCUGGCUAUAAUUCUUCAAGGUCAGUUGUAACAUUGUUGAAAUCACUGUUGUUUUAUCGACGUAAUCCUCUGCACUUCCACAUCAUAUCAGAUGCCAAAGCUCAAGUUGUGCUUCAUACACUCUUCUCAUCUUGGAAUAUUCCUCAUGGUAAGAUUUUUGUAUAA